UGAUAGGCCAGAGCUUCAUGCCGUAUACGAUUUGUUGUAAUGGGCCACAAGUCGCACGUGUUCGCACUGGGGCCAUCAAAGAUGUGGCUGACGCCACGGCGUCAGACUUCUCGCUUCGUGAAAGCAGUAUUCCACCAGCCUUAUCUCUCAAGGUUGAGAUAGGUAGACCUAACAGCAUACUAGUGGGCAUCGCCAUCCGACAUCAUGGCUUCGCAGAGCGCCAACGAGGAGGCACAGGUGCCAACCGAAGAGACUCCAUUGCUUUCCAACCCGCGAAGAGCGAUUCGGAAGCCUAUCAACUGGCUUACCAGCAUCCUCACUCUGAUCGUCGUUCUAACAGUAACAGCUGGUGUCAACAGCAUCCCUUUCGUUGUGGGAAGAAUCAGAUAUCAUGAUUCACCACGACCACAUCUGCCGCCAAAGCCAAAGCUACCUCCGCCUCCUGGAGAUAGCAAUCUCAACUACACCCGACACCUUGUCCUACCCAUCGGUAACAUCUCGCAGCCUGCAAAUGUCCCAGUAUGGACGCAUAUUAAUGUGCUCGAAAGCCUGAAUGGCGGAUGGAUUAAACCUGUGGGGAACGUAAGGCUGGCACGAGGCGACCUGCAGCAAGCGUCCAACUUCAUUGCGCGCAUUGAUCUUGCUGGCCCAUCACAGAGAGCAAUCGACCUCGUCAAUAUAGUGCAAUGGUCCUCUGGGUCACGUCAAUCUGAAGAGUGGCUCUACAUCAGCUGCAAAACCUACUGGGCACCAGGUGAGGAACCGCAUUGGGACCAGACUGUCCGAGUAGAUGUCACACUGUUUGUCAAACCCUUCACUAACCAUCAAGGCCGUCUGACGAUAUCAACCCAACACCUUAACAUUAAUGUCAUGUCAGGCCUCGUCUUCUCCACGGGAGUCCUGACGCUUAUUAGCAAUAGAGGAAGUGUUAACUCGGACGAGGCAGGUCCGUACUUCGUCAUGGCGGAGACGCAUCUUUCCACAUAUGGCGGCCCUCUCACUGGUAUAUGGAGGUAUCCAUAUAAGUUCUUCAUCAACACUGGUGAUAGCCCUACGAACAUCACUCUCGCCGCUUCGCCCCGGACACAGCCAUGGCUCAGAUCUGGCACCAUCACGGCCCAGUCCUUGCAGGGUGAUAUCAAUAUAAAUAUGCCAAUGGACCAGAUGAAUUUGAGAACCCACAGCAUUACCAUUGAAUCGCAGGCAGGUAAUAUUGGUGGCGUGCUCAUGGUAGGCCCCGAUACGACCAUACGCACCCAGGGCAAUGGGUCAUUGAACGUAGAACUGGUGCCGUACUUUCUGCCAUCGUGGGAUUUCAUCAGCCGCCAAAGGGUCCUGCACCGUGGCCAGCUGCACACAUCUACUGAAGCUGGGUCGCAACGAGUCGUUGUCGUCGCGCCAGAGUGGAAGUCUUCGGAGUCCCGGACAUCACUGCUGUCGAUGGAUAGCUAUCACCAGUCGGGGAGCGGCAACCUGCACCUCGAGUACCCGCACGAGUGGGAGGGGACUGCUCUUGGCACGUCACGGUCUGGAAAUAUGUCCAUUACCGGUGCGGAGCUUGCCGGUGAAGGUGGCAGCGUUGCCAUCGGACGUAGGGGUUGGGGUAAUGGCACUCGGUUAACCUUCGCCACCGAUAGCGGCAAUGGCCGUCUCAUUCUAAAUUGAACAAGGCAAUAUUUACUGUCUGGGCGGCUUCGAGGCUUCACUUGGAUCUAGGUGCGGUGUUUG